AUGUUUCAAUCAUUGAAAUGGCAAUCCACAACAUAUCAACCUCUUCUCUCUCAACAAGUGUUAGAGAUGCCCAUUGCUGAUGGCUUUUCAGAAUCGGACACUCUUUCAAAUAUUUCCAUAUCGGAACACUUGGAAAAGAAUACCUCAAGAAUUAAUAAUCAACAACAGACGAGCUCGUCUUCUUCGGAUGAUCAUUGUCCUAUUCAAGUAGAACAUGUAACGGAAUUGGAACUUCCUAAAAAACCAGUUCUGUUACUUCACAACGUUUUGUUGAAAGAUGAAUGUAAAUUAAUGAUUGAAUUGAGCGAGAAAAUGGGUUAUGAAGAUGCUGAUUCCUAUUGUUUCGCCUACAAUGAUCGUUACAAUGACAGAUUAAUGGUCGAUGAUCAAAAACUGACCGAUUUGAUUUGGAAUCGAGUGAAAGAUCACUUACCACAAACCAUUGAUGGAAUGUCAUUGAAGGGAUUAAAUUCUAGAUGGAGAUUGUGUAAAUAUAAGGCAGGACACUAUUUUGGAGUGCACACCGAUGGCACCUAUAUGGACCGUAAAACGAAUAGUGUCAGUCGUUUGACAUUUAUGAUUUAUUUGAACUCGCAGCUUGAAGGAGCAUACACUGGAGGUGCCACUAUUUUCUAUGAUCGAAAGAGAGAUGAAAAAGCACGAAUUGUACAACCUUCUGGAACUACUAUUGUAUUUUUACAGGAAGAUAUGGACAUGCUGCAUUGUGGACAAAAGGUUAGCAGUGGUGUAAAAUAUAUUUUGAGAACGGACGUCAUGUACAGCAAGGUUAAGGCACAAAACUAG